AAAUUAAUCUCAAAAGGUUUUCAUAGUCUGAACUACAAAAAAUACCUUACAUAGAUCUAUCUCUAUAUCCUACCUCCCCUGAUUAUCGUCACAGAUCCCAUUUUUUCCCGGUUUACAAAAAUCCCCAAAUUCCAUUAAAUUCUUAAAUUACCCACAAAUCAAAACAUGGAUUUCAUGAAGGUGAUCGAUCAAACUGUCCGUGAGAUAAAAAGAGAGGUGAAUUUGAAAGUAUUGAAGGUCCCUGAGAUUGAACAGAAGGUAUUAGAUGCAACAGAUGACGAGCCUUGGGGUCCACAUGGUACUGCAUUGGCAGAGAUUGCACAGGCGACAAAAAAAUUCUCUGAAUGUCAGAUGGUUAUGAAUGUUCUGUGGACAAGAUUAACUGAAACUGACCGCAAUUGGCGUCAUGUAUACAAGGCAUUAGCUGUGAUAGAGUAUUUGGUAGCAAAUGGGUCUGAGCGGGCAGUUGAUGAAAUUAUAGAACAUACUUUCCAGAUCUCUUCACUCUCAGCUUUUGAAUAUGUUGAACCUAAUGGAAAGGAUAGUGGAAUCAAUGUGAGGAAAAAAGUGGAGAACAUAGCAGCUCUGCUUAAUGAUAAAGAUAAGAUACAAGCAGUUAGAAACAAAGCUGCUGCAAACCGUGAUAAGUAUGUUGGAUUAUCAUCAACUGGAAUAACAUUUAAGUCGAGCUCAACAGGCUCACUUGGUAGCUUUCAGAAAAGUGAUAGAUAUGGUGGGUUUGGUAGUUCAAGAGAUGGUGAAACUUUUAAAGAUAGUUUCAAGGACAGGGAUCAAUCUAAUGAAGAUAAGUUUGAACCUGGUAAAUUUAAGCCACGGCGCGGGGCUAGCAGCGCUACCCUAGGAAGCUCCUCAAAUAAAGGGUCGUCUUCUUAUGGAAGCACAAUCCAAGACUCCUCUGCUGCCAGUGCAUCAAAUAGUGCUGCUGACAAGUAUUCUUCAAUUCCACCCCAAAGCUUGAGUUCACCUUCAGUUAACAUUGAUGAUGAUGAUUUUGAUGAUUUUGACCCCCGGGGAACGUCAAAAGCAAAGGUGGCUGCUGGAAGCUCUCCACAAGUGGAUUUGUUUGGUCAAAGUUUAAUUGGCGACCUUUUGGAUGCACCAACAUCUGGCCCCACACAGGAUUCCAAUGGAAAUAGCAAGUCAGAAGAAGUGGACUUAUUUGCUGAUGCUAGUUUUGUAUCAGCACCUACAAAUGCGCCAGGAGGAACAUCUGGGUCUGAGAAUAAAGUUGAUUUUUUUGCCUCUCCUCCAGCAAGUUCUGCAGUUUCUCCAGCUGUCGACUUUUUUGCGGUUUCUGAGCAAGUAGUGGAGCCUGUGAUCAAGGCUUCAGAACCUAGGACAAUGCCAGCAGAAAUGGUUGACCCGUUUGCGGCAGUGCCAAUGAACAAUUUUGAUAAUUCCGACUUUUUUGGUUCAUUUUCUUCAAGUACCAAUUCUGUAUCUACAGAGCCCACACAGAGUUUCAUGGAUAGUGGCACCUCAAACAACCAAAAUAAUAAAACUGCUGCUGCAUCUAAACCUCCAUUGAAGACAGGUGGCUUUCAAGUCAAAUCUGGAGUUUGGGCCGAUUCUUUGAGUCGUGGACUAAUUGAUCUCAAUAUAUCUGGACCCAAGAAGGCAGACCUGACCGACGUGGGCAUUGUAGGAGGUCUAUCUGCUGGACCCGAGGAAAAAGACAAAGGAUUUGCAAACACUAUGUACAUGGGUAGAGCCAUGGGCACCGGAUCUGGGCUUGGUAAAUCCAGUGGUUUCAAUACAUCCUUAGGUACAACAGACAUGGAUGAUUUUUUCUCCAGCCUGAGCGGCCCUCAAAAUCAAUAUGGCUCAUUCCAAAAGUAAAUUUUGCUUGGUUUCACAAAACUAUAUGCAAUUCUAUUCAAAUUAUUUGAUUGAAGUGUGAGACCUUUGGUGUGGAAGUUAAAAUGUCUACUAUAGUUGACAACGAGUCGAUAGCCUGGUAGAUGUUUAUGAAACUGUCUGGGUGUUUUACAGUUGGCGGUGCAUGCAUAUGUCGAGCCAUUGAUUCCAUGACUUGUACCCUGUCUACUUUCAAAAUACUCUGUUCAUUUGUGUAUCAGUAUAUCCCGAACCACCUCAUCAGUUGGGUUUUUUUGUAGCAUAUGAUUAAUAGAAUAAAUGAAAAGUGUUAUUGUUGGAUA